ACAAAGUAGAGAAUCGAAAAAUGCUGCGAGUCGCUACAGAAUAAAACGUGUCUUCAGAUAUCUUCCCUCGUUUCAUUCGCGUCCAUUCGACUUUUGAUGUUUUAUUCUAUACUCUAAAAAUCUAAUUUUCCAUUUUUCAAUAAUUUUUAAUUUUGUAAAAAAAAUCGUGGACUCUUUCUACGAAGAUAACAAAAAGAAAGUAAUUUAUUAUUUAUCUGCAGCAAGAACGUAAGGAUAUUGUGGUUGCAUAGUUAGGCUAUCAUCUGAAAGCAAAAGGUCAAUUAUGGAACCCAACUACCAGGAAGAACCAAUUGACUUGAGUUUGAGAAAAUCAAUCGAUUCUGACGAAUCAAUUAACUCGGAGGACUCAAGCGAGCUGGACGAAUUUAACCACAUGGAUAACGAGGCAGUUAUUAAAGGUUUUAAGGAGGCCGCUACAGAAAGACUUGCACAAAACAUUCGUCGCAUAUCAUCCUCACCUGAAGGACCCUCUGCAAGUUAUGUUGUACGCAGCUAUCGUGAUUUACAAUAUUACAGAGAAAAUUUCCGCGAACAUCAUGGUCGUUGGCAACAUUUAACAUAUGUUUAUGAUAUCUUGCCAUAUUUGUUGCCGGUAUGGUGGUUCGAUACCGUGAUAUUAAGCGACGACUACUAUCAAGAGCUUAUCAAUACUGUAAUGUUUCUUGCUAAAGAGAUCGGAACCCAUUUCAUGGUUGAUAUAAUCGUAAAAAAACUGUUGAAAGUUAAUAAUUAUAAUGCUUCCGGAGAUCAAGCGAACUUAGUGAAGAAACAAUGCCAUAAGAUCGCGAUGGAGAUGAUUGCAAAAAUCAUAUUGACGACUGAUUUCCAACCUGUAAAUGCGUCUCCAUUUUUGGAAAAUGCAUUGUCUCAUAUUAUUUGCCGUUAUAAAAGGUUAGGUAUCCAAGAUCCUGUAAUGGAAGAAAGCAUCAAUACGAUUGUUAACGAGUUGUGCAUACUCGUAGAAUCAUCAGACUCGGACGCACCUGACUUAGAAUCAAUGGAAUUGGGCAUAUCAAUCUUUGAUGACUCGGAGGAAAGUCUUUAAAAAACAGAGCCUGCCCCACAAGACGCUCUUCCCGAAUCAUCCUUACUCAUAGAACUCCCUCUAGUAGAUUAACAUAAUCCUAGAAAAUCUGAAGAAAACUGAUGAUUAUUUAGCUUCCAGAGAUCCUAAUCCUUUAUCGAGGCCACAUUGCCUUAAGAUGGCGACGAAGAUGAUUCCAAAGAUGCCGUUGAUGAAGGAUUUCGAUCCUACUAACCUGUAUCCGAUAUUCGAGCAAACAUUGCUUAUAUUUAAUCGAGAAUAUGAAAAAGCGAAAAAUGAAGGAUCUAAAAAGUGACGGGGCAAUAAACUUUUUUUAAAGAUUUUCAAACUUCGAUAAGUACAAGAACAACAAUAAUUGGACUUAAUAUUAAAGUUAAUGUUUUUAGACUCUUUUGUUAACUUUUUUGACUAUCCAUUAAAAGUUCUAGGUUUUUAUUACUUUUUCAAUACAAAAUAAGUUCAGAAAAAAUUUGUGGUGUAUAAGGUUUUGAAGUUUAGAAUAGUUGAUGCUUUUUGACCAAUUCUUUUUUUUUUACACGGUGGAGGAAAAUGGAGCAUCUCAAUCCGUGUUUUCUACACUCACCGAUUCAGGUAGACGAUUACACACGAGGGUUACAAUGUCCUACUUUUCAAUAAUUUUAUAAUAUAGAACAAUUUUUUAUAAAUAGGGAUUACUAAUUAAUUAAUAAGUUAAUAAAUUCUAAAAUUGAAAAAUUUUUGUUUAAACAAUAGAUUAGUUUAGAUCCCGUGACACUAAGUACGAAAACUUUGUUAUAAUCAUACUGCAUUUUAGUUUCUAAAAAUAACUUUUUUUUUGGAUAAUAGUAAAUUUUAAGAAAAAUUGUAAAAAACGUAUCUUAAUAAUGUUAUUAAUUAAAAAAAUAAAUUCAAUACGACCUAGGAUUUAAAAAAAAAUUAUUCUGGUCACCAUGACUUUAUAAUGUAAAAAAUUACUUAGAACGAGUAAAAAAUUUUACGCCAAUGAUCUUUUUUAUCUGUGUAAAAUAUAUUGAAUACAAAAAGUAUUAUAUAUUACAUUUGAUAAUUGUAAACCAAUGUGGUAAAUUUAUGUAAUCUAAAUUUCAUGACAUAAAAAAUUUCUACAAUU